GACAGCAUGGAAUAUCUUUUGCAUUGAACAUUUCAACAUUUCUGUUGACUCACGAUUCACCUUGCAACUGUCAUGGCCUCCCAACACUCCGCUAGAGGCCAAUUGACAAGAUGCGCUUUCCAUCCGGCACGCCGCCGAUAAUCCGCAUCGCCAAUGGCACCUUCUACCGACACCAACCCGGCACUGUUUCUGCAUUAGCAUCCCAUGCACACACCCAUCCGAACCCGGCGUUCUUCAAGGACCUGACCUUUGAACUGCCCGCACAUAGUAAAACACCUCACAACUGGUGCAUCGUCGGGCCAUCCCUCUCCGGCAAGACGACCCUCCUGCAGGUCCUCCGCGGCCAACACCUCGCCGUCCCGCCCACCGCAAGGUCCUACCCUUGCCUCAGCACCGACGAGGUCCCCUACCACCUCCGGACCCCGGUACGCGCGAUCCAGUAUGUCGGUUUCGACUCCCAAGGCGGCGGGAGUCUCGGCCCCGCGGUCUCGACCUACCUCUCGGCGCGGUACGAGUCGCGGCGGGAGAUCACCGACUUCUCGCUGCGGGACUUCCUGCUCGGCAACAUGCAGCUGAACCCGUCCAAGCUGCCCGACGACAAGGGCAUCGACGAGGCGCUGUUCGGGCGUGUGGUAGCCGACUUGCGGCUCCACGAGUUGCUGGAUCUGCCCGUGACGUUCCUGUCGAACGGGCAGGGGCGGAGGGCACGCAUUGCGCGGGCGCUGCUUACGAGUCCGGAGGUGCUGCUGCUCGACGAGCCGUUUAUGGGCUUGGACCCGCCGACUGUUUCUGGGCUGAGCCCUCUUCUGCACUCGCUUGCGGAGAAGGCGAGCCCACGGCUGGUGUUGAGCGCUCGGCCGCAGGACCCUUUGCCUGAGUGGAUCACGCAUUUGGUGUACCUCCGGACGGAUGCCCAGGUUGGUGUGAUGGGGGCCAAGGAUGUUGUUUUGGAGGGCUUACGAAAGUACGUUCGCGGGGUUCGCAAUGGUAAACUCGCCGAGGAUGAGACGCUGCCCGUGCAUUCUCUCAGUGAGAUGGGGAAGACUCUGACGAAAGGCGGAAUCAUCGGCGAAGGCAUGGCCGAAGACUUCUCGAUAAGCGUUCCACAAACCCAUGCUGAGGCUGCGGCAAGUACUAAGUUAGGGGAGCCACUCGUCGAGAUGGAUGGCUGCACUGUCCAGUAUCGCGACAAGAUCGCCCUGGGAAACUGGACUGAGGAGAAAGAUGGGAAAACCGUAAGGGGGCUUCACUGGAAGGUUCGGAGGGGUGAACGAUGGGGCGUGUUUGGACCGAACGGUUCUGGAAAGACGACCAUUGUUUCGCUGCUCUGCUCCGACCAUCCCCAGACAUACUCCCUCCCGAUCAAGCUAUUCGGUCGCAGCAGGUUGCCCGAGCCCGGCUCCGGCCAGCGGCCGUUGACCUUUUGGGAUAUCCAAUCUCGCGUGGGCCACUCCAGCCCCGAGAUUCACCAGCACAUGCCGCGCAAUCUGACCAUCCGCCAGGUCCUGGAGAGUGCGUGGGCCAACACGUUCCGUAGCACGCCGGCUCUCGAUGCCGUUGCUACAGAGCAAGUCGAAGCAACGCUGAGAUGGUUUGAGCAGGAACUCAACCCCACUUCUCAGAAGCACCCGCAGUUGGCCACCUCGGACGACGCUGCCAUGGGCUCGAUUGCAUGGGCCAAGGACUACAUGUUCGGCGAGCUCUCGUUCAGCGCCCAGCGCAUUCUGCUCUUCCUCCGGGCCAUCAUCAAGCACCCUGACGUCGUGGUGCUCGACGAGGCAUUCGGCGGCAUGGACGACGCCGUCCGAGACAAAUGCAUGCUUUUCCUCGCCUACGGGGAGGAGAAAAUGUACUCGUUGGGCGCGAAACAAAAAGACGGGUCCCUGACAGGAGCUACCGUGGUGGAUAGCCCGGGUUCAAGGGCCAGCAACGUAAAGGUAACGGGUCUCUCAGACCAGCAGGCUCUCAUUUGUAUCAGCCACGUCAAGGAGGAGGUACCCGACUGCGUAAGGGAGUGGCUGUGCCUUCCUGAAGCCAACACGGGGCUGCCGGCGAGGUUCGGGCGACUGGAUGGUCCGUUGAGGACCAGCUCAAGGCGAUGGGCCGAGAUCUGGGGGGUUGGACAGGGGGCUUAAGUCAAUGUAAACGCCUAGUAAUGUGAAAAAGUGACCGGUAUUGAUGCAGAGUCCGACAGAGCUCGCAUGUGCGGUUUUAGGUGGAUAAACCAGACCAGCAAAAAAGUCAAAAACAUACAACACCGG